CCCUAAGGCUCUGGGUGAGGAAGAAGAGGAGGUGCUGCCUUCAUCAUCACCCCUGGGUAGCAGGACACUGGCGGAGGAAGAGGAAGAAGAGGAGGUGCCGCCUUCAUCAUUGCCCCUGGGUAGCAGGGCACUGACUGAGGAAGAAGAGGAGGUGCCGCCUUCAUCAUUGCCCCUGGGUGGCAGGACACUGGCGGAGGAGGAAGAAGAGGAGGUGCCACCUUUGUCGCCCCUGGGUGGCAGGACACUGGCAGAGGAAGAAGAGGAGGGGCUGCCUUCAUCACCGCCUCUGGGUAGCAGGGCACUGGCUGAGGAAGAGGAAGAAGAGGAGGUGCCUUCAUCACCACCCCUGGGUGGCAGGACACUGGCCGAGGAGGAGGAGGAUGCAGCAGCGGCGCCUUCAUUGUCCUGCAGCCCCAGGACGCUGAGUGAGGAAGAGGAGGAUGCGGCACCUCCAUCAUCCCCCAGCUCUGGGGCACUGAGCGAGGAAGAGCAGGAGGUGACACCUCCAUCACUCCUCAGCCCCGGAGCACGGGCUGAGGAAGAGGAGGAUGAAGCAGCAGCGUCUCCAUCACCCUGCGCUCCUAGGGCCCUGGGCGAGGAAGAGGAGGUGGCGGCACCUCCAUCACCCUGUGGCCCUGAGAUGCCAGGUGAGGAAGAGGAGGAGAAGGUGGCAGUGGCACCUCCAUCACCCCACAGUUCUAGUAUGUCAAGUGAGGAAGAAGAGGUGGCAGCGGCACCUCUGUCACCCCACAGUCUCAGGGCACCAAGUGAGGAAGAGGAGGAGGUGGCACCUCCAUCACCCCAUGAUCCCAGUAUGUCAAGUGAGGAAGAAGAGGAGAAGGUGGCAGUGGCACCUUCAUCACCCCAUGGUCCUAGUACGUUAAGUGAGGAAGAGAAGGUGACAGUGGCACCUCCAUCACCCCAUGGUCUCAAGGCACUGAGUGAGGAAGAAGAGGAGAAGGUAGCAGUGGCACCUCCAUCACCCAUCAGGCCUGGGAUGCCAGGUGAGGAAGAGGAGGAGAAGGUGGCGCCUCCAUCACCCUGCAGCCCUGGGACACCAGGCGAGGAAGAGGAGGAGAAGGUGGCUCCUCCAUUGCUCCUCAGCCCCAGGAUUCCGUGUGAGGAAGACCUUGGCGAGGAAGAGCCCUUGGAGCAGAGAGAUGGAGCUGAGCCAGCAUUGGCAGCCCCAGAGGAGGAGGAGGAGCAGUGGCAAGAGGAGGAAGAGCGCGACGCUGGCCUGGUGCAGGGCAGCCCUGUCCACGUCCCCUCUGAAGAUGCCACCGUGGAGCUGGCCACCGAGUGCCUCCUUGUCUGCCCCUCUGAGGAAGAGGAGGUGGAGGAGGCUGAAGAAUCACAGGGUGCUGUGACAGCCAAGGCCACCAGAGCACUGGAUGAUGCUGUGACGUCCAAGGACAUCGUGACACCCGAGGAUGCUGUGAUGCCUGGGGACAUCGUGACACCUGGACAUGUCAUGGGGUUAGAGGACACUGUGAUGUCCAGGGAUGUCGUGACACCCGAGGAUGCCGUGAUGCCUGGGGACAUCGUGACACCUGGGCAUGCUGUGACACCAGAGGACACCGUGAUGUCUGAGGACAUUGUGGCUCCUGGGGAUGUCCUGACACCUGAGGAUGCCGUGAUGCCUGAGGACAUGGUGACACCCAGGGAUGUGACACCAGAGCAUGCUGUGACACCUGAGGGUGCUGUGACACCAAAGGACACCACGAUACCCAAGGACAUCAUGACACCAGAGGAUGCUGUGACACCCGGGCAUGUUGUGACACCAAAGGACACCAUGAUACCCGAGGACAUUGUGACACCCGGGGAUGUGAUGCCAGAGGAUGCUGCAACACCCAGCGAUGUUGUGACUCCAAAGGACACCAUGGUAGCUGAGGACGUCACGACACCUGGGGAUGAGACACCUGGAGAUGUCGUGACACCAAAGGAGACCACGAUACCAGAGGACAUUGUGACACCUGAGGAUGUGACACCAGGGGAUGCUGUGAAACCCGGAGAUGUGACACCAAAGGAGACCACGAUACCAGAGGACAUUGCGACACCCGAGGAUGUGACACUGGAGGAUGCUGUGACACCAAAGGACACCAUGAUACCGGAGGACAUUGCGACACCCGAGGAUGUGACACUGGAGGAUGCUGUGGCACCUGGAGAUGUUGUGACUCCAAAGGAUGCUCCGAUGGCUGAGGACAUCGCGAUGCCUGAGGAGGCCGCGGUGCCAGCAGAGCGCCCGGAUCGCCCGUCCCGGAGGAGGACGGCGCAGCGGAGCCCUCGGAAGCCGCCGGCACCGCAGAGGAGGAAGAGGAGGAGGAAGGCCAUGUCCAAGCUGGGGCUGCGGCAGAUCCACGGCGUCACCCGCAUCACCAUCCGCAAGUCCAAGAACAUCCUCUUCGUCAUCACCAAGCCCGACGUCUUCAAGAGCCCCGCGUCCGACAUCUACAUCGUCUUCGGGGAGGCCAAGAUCGAGGACCUGUCGCAGCAAGUGCACAAGGCGGCGGCGGAGAAGUUCAAGGUGCCCAUGGAGCACUCACCGCUCAUCACGGAGACGGCACCCAGCCUCACCAUCAAGGAGGAGAGCGAGGAGGAGGAGGAGGUGGACGAGACGGGGCUGGAGGUGAGGGACAUCGAGCUGGUCAUGGCGCAGGCCAACGUGUCGCGCCCCAAGGCCGUGCGCGCGCUCAGGCACAACAACAACGACAUCGUCAACGCCAUCAUGGUGAGUGGCCGCCUCGGGGGGGACGCCGCGGGGACCCCGAGGGAGCCCCCGUGUCCCUAA